GCGACUUCAACUCGACAUUUGUGAUUAAAUAAAUUUAGUUUUUUGUCUAAAAUGGAUAUUUUAAAGAGACUUCCUCUCUUCUCAAAAUGCAUCUGUGGCCUGAGUUUACGAAGCGGAAUUAUUUGUUUAGCAGUUUAUCAACUCACAUAUGGCUUACUUUACAUCUCGAUAACACUUGAUCAUCACAGCUCGGAAUUGUCUGAUGUGAUGGACAUUGAUGAGACUCAGUUUUUUGAUGACUACGACGAUAGAAAUGUCGACGAGGAGCACAUGAAGUACUUUUACAUUCACUUGUUCUACGACACACUUGUCAUUGUACUUGCUUUGACGCUACUUUAUGGCGCACUUGGCCGCAACGCAAUUGCCAUAAAAAUUUACAUAAUAACCGAGUUUCUCAUGACAAUCGCCUAUACGAUGAAUUUCGUGGUUGUCUUGACGGUAAUUUUGGCGACAGCGACAACGACAGAUCCCGUCCCAGCGCACCUCAAGACAUUAAUUCUCAUCGAAGUAGUGCGACAAUUGAUCUCGUUGACGCUGACGACGUACUUCUUGCUUUGUUGUAACUCGUACGUGCAAGAAUUGGAACGUGAAGCACGACAAAGGCGAACUGGCUCAACUGUGGAUUACGAACCCAUGAGAGAAAAUGAUGAGCAAUAUAAUUUGCAUGUUAUUUAAAACGAAAAAAAAAAAAUUAUACGGAAUAAAAUUUUUUUUACAUUAAAAAUUACAAAAAAAAAGUAUCAAACUGCAAAAAGAUAACAAAAACAAAAAAAAAAUCUGAAUAGUUUUGUUGAUAAUCGAUUUAGUAGCAGCGCUGAAAAGAUAAGAAUCUUAUCUAAAAUGUCGCACUCGAAAAAAGGGCUUGACUCAUUCUUAAUGGAGACGCCUUGUCUAAUUCGAAAUCUAAAACUAUAUUUUUUAUCUAUUAAAGUGAUUUUUUUAA